AUGCGGAGGGGAGAAGGCAGUGAGGGGCCCAAGGCCACAAAGACAGCCGAAGGUACCCACCACCAAAAGAAAGAGAAAGAAGAGAAAAGAGAAAAGAUAGAGAAACGUCAGGACAGAGAAGAUGAGAGGAGGGCGGAGAGAGAAGAGGAUAGAGAAGAGAAGAGGGAAGAGAGAGAAAAGAAGAAAAAAGAAAGUCAAAAAGAAGAGAGAGAAGAGAAAAAAGCAGAGAAAGAAGAGAGGAGACAAGAAAGAAAAGAAAAAGAAGAGAAAGAAGAAAAAGAAGAGAGAGAAGAGACAGAACAGAAAGAAAAAGAAGAGAAAGAGAAACAAGAAGAGAGAGAGAAAAAAGAAGAAAAAAAAGAAGAGAAAAUGCACAAGAAAGAAGAAGAAAAAGAAGAGAAAAAAGAAAAAGAAAGAGAGAAAAAAGAAAAAAAAGAAAAGAAAAAAAAAGAUAAAGAAAUAAAAGAAAAAAGAAAAGAAAAAGAAAAAGAUGAAAAAGAGACAGAAACAGCAAACCCACCCCCACAAGAACCCCCCCCGCCGCGUCGCAGCAGCACAACCAGCAGCAGCAACAACCCCACCCCCACCCCCAGCAGCAGCAGCAGCAGCAGACGCAGCUCAGGGUUGGAAAGAGAGGAUAGAGAAGAAGCUGGUGCUGCUGCUGCUGCUGCUGGUGGUGGUUCUGUCUCUUUGUUAGAGACAGCAGCAGAAGAUAUGAAGCUGAGCACCGAAAUAAUAAAAGAAGCAACAAAGGAGACAGCUAUAGAUGCAGCAGCAGCAAUAAAGGAGACAGCAAAGGAGACAGUUGAAUGGCUGAAGCAAAUGAGUAAGGAUGCAGGAGAGAUUAUGGGGAUGUCUUGGGAAGCAGCAAAAGAUGCAGCAGCAGAUGCUGCUGCUGCUGCUGCUGCAAAAGAAAAAGAAACCAGAGCUGCUGCUGCAGACUAUAUACACCCCAGUUAA